ACAUGUUUCUAAUUUCAUACUUGUAUUAAGCAAUCGUAAGUUUACUCUAAUCCCUUCCUAACCAGAUCAUUUCAAUGUUCUUGAAAUAAAAUUAUCAAAUAACUUCCUAGAUUCAACUGAAGUAUGUCGUUACAAUUAAAAUCAUCAAAUGUUUAGUUUAUUUGAAUGAACAUGUAUGAUUUAAUUAUUAUUACCUAUUUUGUACAACCAGUUCUGUUUGAUGGUUGGAGGUAGUUCACAAGGAACCCUUGAAGACCUAUAUCUCUUGUUAUUAUGCAACGGUUGCUUAGUUUUUAAUUCUUUUAACUUUCAGCUACUUUGGUGUUUUUAAUAAUUUGUAUCUUUGUGGGGUUUUUUUUUGACUGGUUCGAAUACACAUUGUUCUCCUUCCCUUCUGUUCUUGUUCUGAUUUGGGAAGAGUCAAGUGAAGUAUGGAGUAUGUUUAACGACUAUUAGACAGUAGAAUAAUAUAGCAGGUUAUUUUGUAGAAUUCAAUCAUUUUCUUAACAAUAUUAAUUAGUUCCUUUAGCCAUAGUUAGUGUGUAGUGAUAGGUGUCUGAUUGAACUAAGUUAACAGAUUCUGGAUUUUCAAUUAUGUAAGUCUAGAUUUGUUCUCAAGUCAAUUGAGUACAAUAGACAUUCCUAAAUACGUAACGAUCUAAAAUUCCAUAUAAACAUAAAUAUGAUUUUCUUGAAGUUUUCACUUAACAUGAUCUCAGUUGAUAUUCGUCUUGAAUCUUUUAUAAAAAAAAAUAUUAUUCUGUGUUCCUUUUUUACUUCAGGGUGUUUGUUGUGGUGAUCAUCUUCACUGUUGUCCAGCUGGUUCAAUUUGUGAUUUGGAUACAAAACAGUGCAUUUUACAAAUUGAAUACAAUCAAUCUACCACAAAAAUAGUUUUUGAUGGGUUUACUAUGCACAAAGCUAAUCAAAAGUUAUCAAAUAGUUUAUAUUCACAACCAGUAAAAUCUAUUAGUACUAUUGAUACUUAUGUACAAGCAAAAUGGUGUGGAGCAUGUGGUGACACUUGGGCUUGUUGUCCAGAUGUUACUUUUACUUCAUGGUCAUGUUGUCCUUAUGUGGGCGGAGAAUGCUGUAUUGGACAAAAUACUUGUUGUCCUCCUGGAUCACGUUGUUUAAAUAAUGGGAAAUGUGAAAAGAUCCAAAAGAAUAUCUUCAAAUCAUCAGCAUCUGCUUUAAUACCAUCUAUUUCAAUGAAUAACAAUGUACAAAGACCACAUUUCAUUAAACAAAAUAAUGAGAAAGAAAACUUCCAGAUAGAAAUGUCCAACAGUGCUAAACCUGCUCAAAGAAAUAUCCUUCUUCUUGUUCGUCAUUAUCGACGUCUUAAACGACAAUUGCAUACAAUUUGUCCUGAUUCAUUACACUAUUGUGGUAAAUCUGAACAAUGUUGUCUUUCGAAUAAAUUUGGUUAUACUUGCACACCGAAUGAGUCCAUAUGUUGUGAAUCUAGUAUGAAUACUUAUUGUCCAAUAUCCAAGGAUUGUUCUCUAGACGGGAAAUUCUGUGUUGAUAAGUAUUAGUUUCACUAUCAUCAUAGUUAUUGAUGAUUGGAUGAUUAUCAUUCUAUAUGUGUGUAUGUAUGUAUGUAUGUGUGUGUGUUUAUGGAUUACUACAAAUCUUGCCAUUAUUAUAAAUUUGGAUUUGUAACAUCUCUUAUCCAUGUUACUAUUUGUGAUUCUAUUCAAUAUAAAUUCAAUUUUCAUUAUAAUUACUGUUUAAUAUUUUUCUAUUUUUAAGAUAUUUUCAUCUCUUUAUUAAAUAAAUUUCAUUUUGUGCUAUUAUUAACAUUGAAUGUGCUCUUUUACACUUGAUCUGUAAUUGGUUUUAUACUACAAUGUAACAGAGAUAAGUGAAGUUGAUUUCAUAUGUGAAUUUACAUUCAGUUGACUAGUCUCGGUUACUUACUUGCUUACGCCUGUUACUCCUCGUGGAGUAGCAUAGACCACCCACCAGCACCUUCCAUUCAACCUUGUCCUUCGUCACCUGUGGCGAAGGCGAGAUAUCCGUCUAUCAAUAAAAGGACGAGUAUACUGCACGGCAGUCCGUUCUGUUUUAAUUUACGGCAGCGAAACAUGGCCAUUAAGAGUAGAAGACACUCGUAAGCUAUUAGUAUUUGACCACAGAUGCCUUAGAAAUAUUGCUGGCAUCUGCUGGGAUCACCGGGUAAGUAACAGUGAGGUUAGACGCAGGGUAUUAGGGAAUGAUGGUAAAUCAGUCGAUGAGGUUGUGAAUCUUCAUCGACUGAGAUGGUUGGGGCCACGUGUUACGUAUGCCCGAACACCGAUUACCACGACGUGCAAUGCUAACCGGUGUUCGGGAUGGUUGGAAGAAAGUUAGGGGCGGCCAAACCAAAACGUGGCAUCAGUGUUUGAAGUCACUAACUUGUAGUCUGAGCCAUGUUGUUGGUAGAUGCAGACUACUUGAUUGGGGUCCGCGUGACUAUCGUAACUAAUGGUUGGAGAGUGUUGGUGACAUGGCUCAGAAUCGAUCACAAUGGCGUCAGUGUAUACACUCCCUAUCUUCCCUUAAACUAGGAGAUUAAAAUCGCUUCAUCCCUUUUUUUCUACGAACCAAUUUUUUCUUCUUGUACUAUAUCUCUAUAUGCAAUCUUUCUCUUAUAUAUUACUACCUUUGACCUAACCACUGCUAUGAAUCCAGUGUUCAUCUUGUGUGCUGAUGCGGUAUGGCAACCUGGACCGAUGCACAUAUGUGCCUGGUCCUACGUUGUAGCUGACUGACUGACUGUCCUGGGCAAUCCUUUCCAGUUGUUAUUCAUCCUUUUCAUAUCUGCUUCCAUUUCCCGAUGUAAUGUGUUCUUUGGCCUUCGUCUUUUCUGCUUCGCUUCAGGAUUCCCAAUUACGACUUGCCUCGUGAUGCAGUUUGAUGAUUCCCUCAGUGUAUGUCCUAUCUAGUUUCAUCGUCUUUUCCUAAUUUCCUCUUCAACCGCAAGCUGGUUUUUUCUUUGCCACAGUAGGCUGUUGUUGAUGGUAUUCGGCGAACGGAUAUUGAGUAUCUUGCGUAGACAACUGUUUAUAACUACUUGUACCUUCUUGAUGAUGGUUGGUGUGGUUCUCUAAGUCUCAGCUCCGCGCAGUAGAACUGUGUUGACGUUCGUAUUGAAGAUUGA